UACAAACGAAAGAGCUACAGUGUCGAUUUUGCAAAAUAUUUUGGAACUAAACAAGGCCUAAGGAAACUCCCCUUUUAACGUGGAGCUUUGGAUCUAUUUUUAAAGAAAGCUUCAAAGAUAUCUAUUUGUAUUCAGAAAGGCCUUGAGGAUAGUACUAGAUUCUCUGAAGGAAACUCACGGUACGGACGAGUUUCGAGUCCACGUACGCGCUCAACGAACCGACUCCGACGCGCUUUACGGAACCGACUACGAAGUAGGAACGUGCACCAAUCCAUUAAGCGCCGGCCGGCGGAAUUGUAUCCACCGCCUCCCUCGCGCGAUCCAUCUUGUCCUCCUCCGGCUAGCAGCUCCCUCGCCGGCGCGGCAAGAUGGGCGAGCGCAAGGUGCUAAACAAGUACUACCCGCACGACUUCGACCCGUCCAAGGUCCCGCGGCGGCGGCGGCACAUGAACGAGCAGACCAAGGUGCGCACGAUGCUCCCGAUGACCGUCCGCUGCGGCGCCUGCGGGGAGUACCUCGGCCGUGGCACCAAGUUCAACGCCCGCAUGGAGGACGUCCCCGGCGAGAGGUACCUGGGCACGAUCCGGGUCUUCCGCUUCUACAUCAAGUGCUCGCGCUGCUCCGCCGAGAUUGCGUUCAAGACGGACCCCCGGAACUCGGGCUACGCGCUCGAGUCCGGCGCCACCGCCACGCGGGGGGACCUCCUGGUUGACGCCGACGCCGACGCCGCGGCGGCGCGCGAGGAGGAGGAGGAGCGGAGGCGGGACGGCGGCGGGGACGCCAUGGCGGCGUUGGAGCGCCGGGCGCGCGACGGCCGGCGCGAGAUGGACGCGGACGCCGCGCUCGAGGAGGCGCGCUCGCUCAAUGCCAGGCGCGCCCGCGUCGCGCCGGAGCAGGCCCUCGAGGCCCUGCUGUGCCGCCGCCGCCGCAGCAGCAGCCAAGCCAAGACAACGCAAGAACAGGAGCAGGACGCGGACGAGGCGCUCGUCAGAUCCAUCCGUUUCCGCAACUCUGCUGGAUACGUGAAGCGGAUCGAGGAGGACGAUGACCGGGAGGAGGAGGAGGUCUUCACGGCCUCUCUGCCCAAAACCAUGGCGGACAACCAAGCGCAUAAGAAUAAGGAGGAGAAGAAGCGGCGGCAAGCUCCGGUGGUUGUUGUUUCCAAGAGGAGAUGCGUGCCGACGGUACCAGCAGAUGGCAAGUCACACGACGGCGGUCAUCACGCCGACAAGUCGGAGGGUAAAGCAUCUGCCGGGGACACGGAGGCGAACAGUGGCGCUCUUCAGGUGCAGGGGCGGAUCUACAGGGGGGGCUGCCGGGGCUAUAGCCCCCCUACCCUGUCCGAGCCAGUGGAGCCCCCCCCCCUAGCCCCCAUACAAGUUUGAGCCAUUUUCUAUAGGGAAGGAGAGGCUGGAUGUAUUCUCGACGGCGAGGACAGAGGUUGAAGACGAGUGCUGGCGCUAGUCUUGUUCCUGGGCUUUUUUUUCUUGUAUUUGAGUCAUUGAGUGGCCCAGUAUAUAAAAUAGAGAAGCUGUUCGGAGCCCAUUAAGAAGCAAGCCUUUUUUUCAUUGUUUUCCUGUCCAUCGUGAGGGAGGAGGGGAGGCCAGUCGAGGUCGAGCAGAGCACCUAGGUUUUCCUGCACGCGGGCGCGUGGCGCGGCGUUGCGGCGGCCGGCGGCGACGGUGACAGCUGCGCGGCCAGCAGCACGGCGGACGGGAUCCCAGCGACGCGGCGGACGGGAUCCCAACGGCAACGGGCAGCGGCAGGCCGGCAGCGGACGGGCGACGCGGCAGCCGGCAGCCCAGCACGCCGUCGGUAGGCGGCAGCGGCCACUGGCCGGACGGCGGACGCCCACGCGAGCAGGGACUGCACGCGCGGCGAGCAGCCGAGCAGGCAAGGCGCUGAGGUGUAUUGCAAUUUGCAAGACGCCAAGACGCAAGCCGCCGCCGGCAAGCAAGCCACAGCAAGCAACCAAGCACCUAGCGGCAGAUUGUUGAAAAUGUCCAAAAGAACAUUGCACGCAUAUUAUUCUGGUUCAAGUAGUGCAUCAACUCUAGGCACUCAACAGAGCACAAAUCAACCAAUUCGGCGUAGAGUGGAGUUUAGUAAGUCUGAUCUAGUUGGUGACCCAGGAAAUCGCAUACCAAUUGAAAAUUAUCCACAUGAAAUUAGAGACCAAGUUAGAAGGGCAUAUGCUUUGAGAGGUCCGACUCAACCUCGUAAUCUUACAUUUGUUCGUAAAUGGCAAAGUGGUCAAUGGAGAUCAUUUGUGCAAUCUUGGUUUGACGAGUUUGAUUGGCUAGAGUACAGUGAGUCCAAGGAUGCAGCUUAUUGCUUGUAUUGUUAUCUUUUCUUUGAUCCGGGGAAGCCGGAAAAAUUUGGUAGUACUGUUUUUGCAAGGGAUGGUUAUAAUAAAUGGAAAAAAGCUAAGGACAAUCUUCAUCAACAUAGUACUUGCAAGACUCACACUAAUGCUGUGCUAAAGUGUGGGGACUUUAUGAACCAAAGAACAAAUGUGGCUAGAAGAAUUUAUGUAAUUAACAAGGAGGAAGAGAAAAGAUAUGAGAUGGCUCAAUGACCAAAUGAUAUGCUACACUGAGAAGGAGAUAUUUAGAAACAUCAAGAAUGACAAAAUCAUAAAAAGAUUUGAAGACAUGAAAACACGGCGUAUGUUAGUGCCUCGGAACAAUUUAGUGAUUGCUUCUAAUGAUUCAUGAAGAAUGCAGCAGUGCGAAAGUGCGGAACGUCGAUCUUUGUUGGUGCUCUGCUGCAGCUACGACAGCGACCAAGAGGAGACCUGAUGGCUGAUGGUGAUUACUCUCAACAUCUUGCUGCGAAGCAAUCAAGCAAUUUCGAUGCUCACAAUGCAAUUUCGAUGCCAGCAGCACAAUGGAAACCAUAACGAGAGAGGAAGCAAGAAAAGGCCGAUGAUGUCUUUUUUUUUUUUGGGCGAAACGUUCUACAUAAUUGUUUCGACCUGCUGUGUCUACCUAUAAUGCCAGCGUCGGUGGCCCGUUUAAUUGCCCUGUUUGUAAAACAAAUCCGCUGACAGGGUAUCAAUGAAACGAAUAAUAAAACAACCUUCUUGACGUUUUCUAGACUGGGCAAAACAUUUAAUUACUGUAAAAUGAUUGGAUCACAUGCAAGAUGGUGAAACAAUUUAGCUC